GAACAAACCUGUCAGAGAACAGAGUAUUUGAAUUGAGACGUAAAGGAUGAGGAGAAAUCAUGAGAAGCCUACUCAGCUCACGAUUCAGCCCAUGGCAUCACCCAGCAACAACUCCACUGCCCCAGUCUCUGAAUUCCUCCUCAUCUGCUUCCCCAACUUCCAGAGUUGGCAGCACUGGCUCUCCCUGCCCCUCAGCCUUCUCUUCCUCCUGGCCAUGGGAGCUAACACAACCCUCCUGAUCACCAUACAGCUAGAGGCCUCUCUGCACCAGCCCCUGUACUACCUGCUCAGCCUCCUCUCCCUGCUGGACAUCGUGCUCUGCCUCACCGUCAUCCCCAAGGUCCUGGCCAUCUUCUGGUUUGAUCUUAGGUCUAUCAGCUUCCCUGCCUGCUUCCUCCAGAUGUUCAUCAUGAACAGUUUCCUCCCCAUGGAGUCCUGCACAUUUAUGGUCAUGGCCUAUGACCGUUGUGUGGCCAUCUGCCACCCACUGCGGUACCCGUCCAUCAUCACUAAUCAAUUUGUGGCCAAAGCUAGUGUCUUCAUUGUGGUGCGGAAUGCCCUUCUUACUGCACCCAUUCCUAUCCUCACUUCCUUGCUCCAUUACUGUGGGAAAGAUGUCAUUGAGAACUGCAUCUGUGCCAACCUGUCUGUGUCCAGGCUCUCCUGUGAUAAUUUCACCCUUAACAGAAUCUACCAAUUUGUGGCUGGUUGGACCUUGCUGGGCUCGGAUUUCAUCCUCAUCUUCCUCUCUUACACCUUCAUUCUAAGAGCCGUGCUUAGAUUCAAAGCAGACGGGGCGGCAGCAAAGGCCCUGAGCACAUGUGGCUCCCACUUCAGCACUAUACUGCUGGCUGUAGUGUUGACAAAUGUGGCCAGAAAGAAGGUCCCCAUGGACAUCCUGAUCCUGCUCAAUGUCCUUCAUCACCUUAUUCCUCCUGCAUUGAACCCUAUUGUGUAUGGGGUUCGGACCAAAGAGAUAAAACAGGGAAUUCAGAAGUUACUGCAGAGAGGGAGGUGAAUAUGUAAAACAUUUCUAAUACCUCCUGUUCUUCCUCUUCAGUGAUUUUACCUAGGCAGUGAAGUAGAGAAAUGUCAGUUAGUGAGUAUUUAUUGCAUGCACUGAGGCUCCCUUCAUUACUGAACCAGAUUCCUUCCUUUACUUUCCUUGCCUAGUUCAGGUGGAGGUAGGCAAGGGGAAGAAACUCGUAUUCAUUGAGUGGCUGCUUUGAACCUCGGCAAUUACAUUUAAGUAAUUUAAUCUUCAACACAUCUCUGCAGGCAUUGCUACUUUCAUUUCACAUAGUAGAAAAAGAGAUGCUUUUGGAAGGGAAAUGACCAAAGAUCACAUAUGUGGGAAGCAAAAAGAAUGAAACCUAGGCUCUUUCUACAAAGUUGAAAUGCCUUAUCAAUUGCAAUUGAAGCUGAAGACCAGCCUUCGUUUUCCUUUGACCUGUAUUUUGUCUUUCUGGAUGUCCACAGGUAUUUUUUGCCUACUCUUACUUCUUUGAGACCCAAGGGACUUCUCAGAGAAGGCAGAGUCUUGCCUGACAAAACUUCUUCUGGGCAAAAAGAAAAGAGCUUUACAACAAUAUAAAGCAAUACCAGCUUUCUAUUCUAUCCUACACAGCCUCACCACCUUAGAGAAAGUCUUGAAAGUGAGGAUGGAUGCAGACAGGGAGAGCGGACUCUAAGAGAGUAGGAAACAGGAAAGCUGACUAGGACAUUGCGUUGGCCACUUUCCCUAUAUGUUUAAGCUACACAUUCGGUGAACUGAAUAUCAAGUGUUACUUGAUCUGUUGACUGCCCAAGUGCUGUAGUUGAAUGUGGGAAGAUAUGUCAUAGUGUCAGGUUUCUGGAUAAUAAUGGUUCCAGUUAGGUGAAAAAAAAAAACAACCUACACAGGUUAUUUACAGAUAAUUUAAUGUAAACAAUUGUUUAAAUGGGUAUUGGAGACAAUGAUGAAAAAAAGGAGGUUCAAGUAACAGAUAAAUAGCAUCUAUGGGAAGAAACCUCCACUUGGAAAGAGGUUGGGUCAUUAGAACCUAAAAGUCUAGCAAGUGGCCCAUAGAACUGGAUCUCAGAUAUCUGAGGAAGGAUGCUGUCCCUAAUUGGUACUCAUGCCAUAGGACCUCAGAGGAUGUGGCCCUCAGAGGUGGGACUAAAACCUUUGAGGAUGGGACACUACCUUGAUGGUGCUGGUAUUUUUGAGAGAGUUCAAUGAGGCUGGAGUUAAACAAAAGCCAAAACCAAUCAACCAACCAACCAAUCUGGAGACUAGAAUCAAUUCCACUUCCAGGAUAAAGAGUUGCUGUUAAGAAAUACUGACAAGACAGGAACAGACAGAAAAAGCAAAUGUCCCUCUCCAUGUUUCAACCUUCUAAUGUUUCUGUUGCUAUCUGUAAGUAGAAACUGAGAGAGAGAGAGCUGGCAAAGAAGGGUUUGACUCCCAGCACCAGCAUGACAGAGUACAGUAUGGAUGGCAGGCUUGGGGCUGAGAGAUAAGUGUUAGUAACUGGCGCAGCUCCAAUCUUCUGUGGGUCUGAAAGCUUGUGACUACUGAGGAGCACCUAUAACAUCACCCUGCAGUGCACUGUUCCUACCAGGGAACUAGAGUUAGAAUCAAGUCCCCUAGUGUGGGUGGGUGGAGAAACAUGACAUCAUGUUUAGAGGCAGCAUUCAUAGCUAUGAAAGAAUUGACAUGAAGCUGGUAAAAGGAGUAAGAUCAACUGCCCCACACUGUGGGGAUUAGAUAAAGUAACUGCAACCCAAUGCUGGUGUGGGCUCUAGGGGGAGAGUUUCUUCUAGUCACUCAACAACAGCAGGAAAGAAAAAUUAUACCCAUUGGCUUACAGGAAGGGGCUCUUAGUACCUUCAGGCUUGGCUCUCAUUGUCUCAAGCCAGAGCCACAGGUUCAACUCAGUAUUUGUCAUUUUUUAAGCAGCGAAUUCUCUAAUAGAACUUCUCUCCAUUUCACAGUUGCUAGGAAAGUUUUAUCUCUCACUGUUUUCCUAUUGUCCCUCAGAUGAUAUAAAGGCCAACUUCACCACUGAUUUUCUAAAAUAAUACUUAUAAUGAAAAUCAAAUUUCAUGUGUUUUGAGCACUUGCAAUAUACCAAUGUCUAUGAAUAAUAAUAUUUAAUUUUCAUAAGGGCCUCCUAUACAUGAUUAUAAAAGUGAGUUUUUAAAAAGGAAUCUAAUAGGAUAUAAUUCAUAGGAAUAUAAUACAUCUGUAAUCAGGUGAUGUGUUCAAGCAUUUGGUCAACUCCAUUGGUCUUUCCAGGAGUGCUUUCCCUGCAUCUGCCAUGAUUUCACCAGGGAGCAAGCCCAGAAUGAACUCAAAGAGGAGUCUAUGUUAUUUGGCCAAAACUCAGACCUUAAUUCCUGAACCAGUCUUCUGUAGAUCAAUGCAAAUGGCCAACACAAUUAUGAGAUGCUUGACUCAAACUGGGUGUACGUAGGGAUAGAAACUAUCAACUUUGUUUUAGGGAUUUGUAAAGGCCAGAGGGACGAAGACAGCAGUGGGACAACAGUGAUCACCCCUCACUGUAACUGGCACAGCUCUAGCAUAUUGAGGGGCUCAGUAAACAUUUCCUUACUUAUGAUAUUGAAUUGACUAAAUUAGAGUUGAAAAAUCAUGUCUAUCUUUAAUCUCUAGUUCCCCAGUAGUAGAGUCCUAAACGUAACAAAUGGAUAAAUCACAUACUUGAAAAGUUGGCUCUCUGCUCUGGUUCUAAGUACAGAUGUUUAGAGGACCACAGAUUUCUCACAAAAUUGUCAAGCUCACUGCAAGUGGUAAAAUAACUGGUCUCAAGGGUCCUAGAUAGGCUUUGAAGUAAAUCCUCAUACAGAUGAUAAAGGAGCAAGAUAACCAAAGAAUCAGACCUUGAAGGGCAGACCCAACUCUGCUGUGAAGUUCCCACAGCAAAAUGUUAAAACAUAUCCUCUCUGUAAAGGUUUUCAAGCACUGUCUUGAGUGGAUAUAAUGAAGUAGUAUAAAUUAAAGGCAUUUUAAAUGGGUGGGGUACCAAUGUUUUGUCAGUUUUUUAAAACUGAGAAAGUCUAUGAAGAUUUGCUUUGCUGAUACAAUCUGAGUAUGUUCCAACUGCAUUGGAAGAGGGUGCAUUCAGAACACGAGAAGAGAGACAGGAGUAGCUUUCCAAAGGUCACUCCCCUCACUCCCUGGUUUGCAGGUUAGUCAUAUUUGCGUGAGGAACACAGUCUCUUGAGAAGGAAGAUCUGAUAUCAUUGAAUAUUGCUAUUCAAUACCAUAGCUGACUUAAAUCAAGGCCAGUGGAAAGAAAGAAUAACAAGUCCUCUGGAAUUAAGUUGGAAGAAGAAGGGACCCUAUGUUGGUAGCCAAAGCUCAAAACAAACACCUAAGUAUUGUUGAGGGAACAAUACUACACUUUCCAUUUAUCACAGAAAGCUUUUUAGUGCCUAGCCAUCUUGAUACUUUAUUAUGCUUUGGUGUAUAUUCUAGGCAGUGAGAGUUCUGAGACAUCAGAGACCAAGUUUAGGGCAUCAAGACUGUGCAACUGUAGAACCUAAACAGCAACAUCUGAAGUUAAGCAAACUCUUCAUAGUUGGCAAGUCAACAUUGCCCCUUUGUGGCUAUUUGUGGGAAUAACGGUACUGUAGUGAAUGCCAGUUCUCAAUCUCAGGUGUUUGAAAGAGGACGGACAAGUCUGUUUAGAAAACUCCUGUACUUCCUGCUCAUAGGGCACAUAGGGACUUGAGUGAUUAACAAAUAAAAGAGACAUACCAAUUUAUACCAUGAUUUUCUUUUCUUCAGCAACAUUUAAAAGUCAAUACCAAAUCACUGACAUGAGUCAGGUGUUCAUAAGAAUAGUGAAUAUCCUUAGUGUUUCAUAACAUAUUAGGUUAUCAGCAUUUGGCUGAGUACUGUAUAUAAUAACAACAUUUCUGCACCUAUUCAACCAAAAAUUAGUUACUGAGUUCUUUACGUGUGAUUAGCACUCUGAAAAUACAGGAAAAUUAAUUUUUAGAGAGAUUAUGGUCAAAAUAGCCCAUGAAUUAUAAUUCCCAUUUUUGCAGAUGAGGCUACUGAGCAAAAUGAUAAAUUAUACAUAGCCAUUUAAUAAAUAGGGACCGGAGUUAAAAUUGAGAAUUAAGGCAUUUUGCUACAUAAACCCAUUUUUGCUUCUUCAGAGUCUAGGGAUUGAGGUAUAUUUUUAAUCUUUCACUGGAUAGAUUUGUAGUUUCCUAAGUUUUUCAUGCUCCAGAUUAUAGAUAUCAAAGGCAGAGUACACUAAAAACCCAUACGCAUUGAAUUAGUCAAUGCAAUUAAAGUCAGCUACUAUAACAAUGAUAGCACAGUGGCCUAACACAAUAAAUGUUUACUUCUCAUCCACAUCUCAUUUCAAUGCAUGAGUGCUUUGCUCCACGUCAACAUUUAGGGACCCAUGCUUUUUUUAUUACUUGGAUCCUCCAUGUUCUGGGCUCUUAGAAACCUUCACUGGUGCUUCUGAAUCUGGUGGCAAGCCAGAAAGAGAAAGAAUAUGCAGGAUCUUGUAAGCUUUAGGGCCCCAAACUAGGAGACACAUCACUUUCUCUAUCAUUUCAUUGGCUAGACUCCUCACAUAGAUCCAGCUGCUUGCAAAAGAGCCUUGAUCAUAAAUUUUCAUUUCUCUUUUUCCUUCAUAUACAAUAUGCUUACCUCCUUACCAAGGGAGACCACCCAAGCUCUCAUCUGAUUACUCUAUGCAGUAAAAAAUCUAAGACCUACAGAUGUGUGUGGCCUUUUCCAUCAGAUCCCAUUGUGAUUUCUCUUUCACCAGUGAUAUUCUGUCUCUCUAUUAAUGGCGGAGCAGAUGAUUUCCAGCUGGAAAUGAAGUGUAGAAUUCAGUUAGCAGUAACUUAAUAGUAAUGCAAGAAUGCUUUAGGAGCAGAUAUUGCAAUAUUUUUACUUACUGAGAGGGGGACAAGUUUCUUGACUAGACAUUGUUUGCAUUCUCUAGGAGGAACUCUCCUGAUCAUUGUUUUCAAUGUCCUGAUCAUUGCUUUUUAUUGUUUUUUUAAUGCCAUCUGCUUUGGGGGUUUGUGCCUUUAUUAAUGUUCCCAUUAUCCUAAAUGUGCCUUUAUUAAUGUUCCCAUUAUCCUAAAUGAAGCAGGCAUCGAACAAUGUGACUUCUUUUGGAGUGACACUGCAUUUGAACCUACUUUCCACUUAUAAAAUAUUAGUAUCAGUACUUUAAAUAAUUUUUUACUUAAUUAUUCAUUUUAAAAUUGAUACAUAAUAAUUAUACAUAUUUAUGAAGUUACAUACAACGUGUAGUGAGCAGAUCAGGGUAAUUAGCAUAUCCAUCAUCUCAAACAUUUAUCAUUACUUUGUGUUGGGUACAUUCAAUAUUCUUUCUUCUAGCUAUUUGAAAAUAUACAAUAUAUUAUUGUUGACUAUUAUCAUCCUUUAGUGCUGUAAAACACUAGUACUUGUUUCUCCUUUCUAAUUGUAAUUUGAGUAGGAUCAAUAAAUUUUUUAAAUUCUAAAUCAAAAACUUUCUUUAAAAGUCAAGUUCGUGUUUCUUUGGCAAUAAACCCCCUCAAAGGCCUAAUAGGUUUUUGAUCUAUCUGUAUCAGGUCAGUUCAAUGUGCUAGUGAUCACACUCAAAGGAUUUUCUUAGGCAUAAUUUCCAUUACUUUUCUUUUCUUUAUUGUCUUCUCCCUUUCUCCAUGUCACUCUUUUUCUACUUAAUGAUGUUUAUUUUAAGGCUGUCAGACUUGAGAAGGACUGCUAUACACAUCAUUUAAACUUUUUCUCAGGCUGGAUUUCUGUGAGUCUUCUUUACUCAAAGAAAUUCUAAAAUUUUCUCUUAACUUUUGACCGCCAAAAUGGGCAAAAGAUGGAAGCAUUCCCCUAUAAAACUGGCACAAGGCAAGGAUGCCUUCUCUCACCACUUCUGUUCAACAUAGUAUUAGAAGUCCUAGCCAGAGCAGUCAGGCAAGAGAAAGAAACAAAGGCCAUCCAAAUAAGAAGACAUGAAUUCAAAUUAUCUCUGUUUGCAGAUGACAUGGUUCUAUAUACAGAAAACCCCAUACUCUAGGCCCUAAACCUCCUCCAGCUGAUAAACAAUGUUAGUAAAGUUGCAGGAUACAAAAUUAAUGUACAAAAAUCACUAGCAUUCCUACAUAACAACAACAGCCAAACUGAGAUUCAAAUUAGAAAGGCAAUCACAUUCACAGCUGCCACACAAAAAAUAAAAUACCAAGGAAUACAGCUACACAGGGAGGUGAAAGAUCUCUACAGUGAGAAUUACCAAACACUGCUCAAAGAAAUCAGAGGAGAUACAAACUAAUGGACAGACAUCCCAUGCUCAUGGAUAGGAAGAAUCAGUAUCAUUAAAAUCAAUAUACUGCCCAAAGCAAUUUACAGAUUCAAUGCUAUUCCAGUCAAACUACCAAUGACAUUCUUUACAGAACUAGAAAAAACUAUUUUAGAAUUCAUAUGAAACCAAAAAAGAGCCUGAAUAGCCAAAGAAAUUCAGUUCCUAGUUUAGGACUGUUCAAACAUAUACUUGAAAUCUGCCUUGACAUUCUGCUAUGAUUAUGUCAAGAUCUUGGUAUUUGACUGGAAAGAAACAAUGUAUUUUCUGCUUAGCUUUUGAGUUUAGGCAGAAUUCUUGUGGUCUGUCAAGAGAUGCUGUUGUUAGUAUAUGGUGGGGGAGGAAAGCUACAUGAGUCAAUACUACUGGAAAAAAUAAACCUUGAUAUAUUUUCUGAAAAAGUCACUAGAUCUCUUACAUUUACCAGGAUGCUUAUAAUAGAAUUAAGACUGUGUCCUGUUUAAGAAAGAGGUUGAGAGACUUUCCUUAAACCUGUGCUUACUCCUGGAAAAGUAAAUGCUGGUUUGCCUGUAGAUAGAGCGAAGAGAGGGAUCAAGGUCUCAUUUUUCCUUGAAUUCACAGAGUGACUGAUGAAUUGAAUAAUGUGCCUAAAUGCUUUUGAGAAAAAGUCUUCUGACAUUCACUUUUGGCUUAAUGAGACUUGAAUUUUGAGUUUAGAAGUCAGGUUUAGUAUCUUAGUUAUGCUAUUGCCUGACAUAUUGUCUUUUUAAAUUGGAAAGACAAUUGGGAGGCAAUUUAACUAUGGGGGCGGGUCUUUCCUGCACCCAUAAUUCUCAUGAUAGUGAAUGAAUCUCAUAAGAUCUGAUGGUUUAAAAAAACUAGAGUUUUCCUGCACAAGCUCCUCUCUUUUCCUGCCAUCACCCAUGCAAGAUGUAAGUUGCUCCUUCUUGUCUUCUGCCAUGAUUGUGAGGCUUCCCCAGCCUUGUGGAAUUGUAAGUCCAAUUAAACCUAUUUCUUUUGUAAAUUGCCCAGUUUCAGAUAUGUCUUUAUCAGCGGCACGAGAAAAUGGACUAAUAUAUGAUGUAUCACAUUUAUUGAUUUGCAUUGGACCAUUUUGCAUUCCUGGGAUAAA